AAGCCGAAGCACGCACGCGCAGUCCAGCAGGUCCGCGCCCCCACCGCCAAGCCGCCGCGGACGGGUAGCGGAAUUGACGCUAGGCGGUUUGCCCGGCAGUGUGGACGAGCGAUGGGGAGGCGUUGGACGCGGGCUGUGACAGGAAAGAGCCCAGCGGUCGAGGCCUCCCACGACGCCACCUCCUGAGCCGCCAUGCGAGCGUGGCUCCUACUCUCCGCGGUGCUCUGCUACCUCGCAGGAAUUGCCUGGUCGCGCUCCUCCCUGCUCAGUGAGAAAGGCCUCGUGUACGGCAAGAUAGGGCAUCCAGUGAAAAUAUAUGUAAAAUUACAUCAAAAUAGUCCUGUUCUUGUCUGCAUGGAUUCCCAACGUGCUAGUAAAGAAACAGUGGACCCCACAUACUUAUGGAUUGGGCCUAAUGAAAAGACAUUAACAGGAAAUAAUCGAAUCAGUAUAACAAAAACAGGAAGGCUGAUUCUGAAGGAUUUUCUGGAGCUUUUGUCUGGACUUUACACAUGUACUUUUUCUUAUAAGACUGUCAAGGCAGAAACCCAAGAAGAAACUAUAGUCAAGAAGAGAUAUGACUUCAUGGUCUUUGCCUACCAGGAACCUGAUUAUUCUUAUCAGAUGGCUGUACGUUUUACCACGAAGUCUUGUGUAGGAAGAUAUAAUGAGCAGCUCUUCAGACUGCUGAAAAAAAUCUUGAAUAACUUAAUCUCUGAUUUGUCAUGCCAUAUCAUAGAGCCAUCAUAUAAAUGCCAUGUUGUUAAAAUUCCAGAACAUGACCUCACACAUGAGCUAUUCAUAGCCUUUCAAGUUAACCUUUUCACGCCUGGGUGGAGAGGGGCAUGCAAUGAGUCUGAUGAUUGUGAAGAUGCCACUAACCAUAAUAUCCUCAAGGCAAGAGAUCGGAUAGAAGAAUUUUUUCAUAGCCAAGCAGAUAUUCUCUACCAUCGUUUUAAUAAAACACUACCCGCUAUGCAUUUUGUGAACCACAGUUUUCAUGUAGUACGGGUGGACAGCUGUCGACCAGGCUUUGGAAAAAAUGAAGGCCUACACAGCAACUGUGCAAGCUGUUGUGUGGUUUGUAGUCCUGGGACUUUCAGUCCUGACAUUGAUGUCACUUGUCAGAUCUGCAUUUCUGUCCGUGUCUAUGGAGCUAAAUCUUGCCCGUAAACUCUGAAGAAAAAUCAGCAGCGUGAAGGCCCGAGGAGAAAGCCUUGUCACGUGCUUGUGGACAGAAGAUGACCCUUCACAUCCUAGACUAUCAUAGAUAACUCCAUGAGCUAAGAUCAGUAAGACCAAGACCUUGGGAAACAUGCAUUUUAGAAACUUUUAAAAAAUCAAUUGACAUGGGAAAGCGUUUACCCCGGUGUCCCCAGUGUAUGAAGGAAAGUUUCAACAGGAGAGGGUGGGGUUUUAAUGGGAUAUUGGUUUUGUUUUUUACAAACUGACUCUGUUGCUCUGUAACCAGGACUGUACUAGGGCCAAGAAGA